AUGAUGCCGCUUGUCUUCAGUUAUUGCGGAUGUCAAUUGGUGCAUUCAGGACAUUGUGCGAUAAACUGCAAACGAGUUAUGGAUUUACAACCAACAUUGAAUGUAGGCAUUGAAGAGAGUGUGGCCAUGUUUCUACGAAUAUGUGGGCAUAACGAAGUUCAAAGAGAUGUUGGAUUACGAUUUGGACGGACGCAAGAGACUGUGAAUCGAAAAUUUUUUGAAGUGCUUAAAGCGACUGAGUUACUUGCUUGUGAUUAUAUCAGGACUCCAACAACCCAAGAACUACGACAAAUUCCUGAACGACUAGUAAUGGAUCCAACGUAUUGGCCAUAUUUUAGUGGAUUUGUUGGUGCUAUGGAUGGAGUUCAUGUUUGCGUUAAAGUGAAGCCUGAAGUUCAAGGAAUGUAUUGGGACCGGCACAAUAUAACUUCAUUUAAUAUAAUGGCGAUAUGUGAUCUCAAUAUGUUAUUCACAUAUGUUUGGAAUGGAGCACCUGGCUCAUGUCACGAUACAGCAGUUCUCACAAUGGCGCAAGAAAGGGAUCCUGAUUUUCCUUUACCUCCACCAGACAAGUAUUAUCUAGUCGAUUCUGGCUAUCCAAACAAACAAGGACUUUUGGGGUAUGGAAGAAGAAGUGGAGGAUUCUUUGUGAAUUUCCUAGAUAUGAUAUGA